GCGUGAGGCAGAGUGCAGCCUCAAACACGCCCCACACGCCGUACGGAUCAUCAUCCAGCAACGAGCAGAUGUCUAUCGAGUGGAUCAAUGACGACGACGGCGCGUUGGGCCUCACGAAGCUGUUCAGGGAGGCCAAAAAGCGCGGUGCAACAAGCACUGAUGGGGACUCGGACGACGCGGGCGCGUUCACGGAGGCGUCGCUGCCGGACGGCAUGACGCCGCUGCUCAAGCAGGCCCUGCUGCCGCCGCUGCGAAAGAAGAAAAAAGCGCGACGCGCGUUGUGGAGUCCGCGGCUCGGCAAGAGCUACCACGAGUCGUGGGCGUUCCACGAUAGACUCAGAGCGACCCUAGCCAUCUUACUGCAGCGCGCCAAGCACAAGGGCGAGCCGCACGUCGUCGCCACGCAAGCGCUCUUCGACCGGCUCGAGGCGCUGAACGGGGCCAUGGCCGACUACACGGAGGCCACCUCUCCGGAGGUGAACGCCAUCGUCCAGGCGGGCAAGGAAGUCUGCCUGGCGGCCAAGGCCUGCGCGGACGGCACGUCCACGAAGGGCCAGUUCCGCCGGCUCAUCGCCACGAUGGUGAUGUCGUCGUCGAGGGGCGUCGAGCCCAAGGACGUGCUCAAGGAGGUGGUACACCACGUUGGUCGGCUCGUGGAGUACCACGGCAACCACAACGGCUGGGAAGAGCAGAUCUUGAUAGACGGUGCGCUGUACCGCACCCCCCAGGGCGGCUUCGAACACAGGACCCCUCCAAAGAUCCUCAAGCGCCGGGAGGAUGACAAGAAAAGAAGGAAAGACACGAGGGAAGGGAAACGAAAGCCCAAAAACGCGAACCAUACGACGGCUGGGCACGAGAUAGCAUUCAAGGCAGAGAGCAAGAAAGCCGCAGCAAGGCGCGAAAAAACCACACGCGCCAAACGAGGUGUAAAAAUCCCCACGCCUCAGUACUGCAUGAAGGUUGCUCGAGUAAACGAGGGCGUCACGGUGGUGAAGUUCAUAGUCAAUCCAGAUCACGUGCCGGACGGCUUCGACAACAAGCCGACGUCUCCCGAGCAGGCCUACAAGAACGCACUCGAGUGCCUGCGGCGUACGGGAAAGAAGACGGUGGAAGAACGAGCGGCGGAGAAGGAACUGCCCGAGAAGGUCCGGCGUUCAAGAGCGAAAUCCCGGAGAGGAAAGUACAUCGUUCAAAUGAAUGCCGACAAGGCACAUCAUUCCGGGAAAAUUCGAAAAAAAUUCAAGUGUUUUUGCGUCGUCAAGCCGGGGACGGACGGAUAUUAUUCGGAGAGCGGUGCAGUGGAAGUGCGGGACGAUUUCAUCAAGGCGAAGUGCCCGUUCGACUGGUGUUCGAAACCCCUCAAGUAA